AGAGGCUGCCCGGUAAGACGGAGCCGUCAGUGCGUGUUCUGACCUGUCAGAUCCGAUCUUGUCGGCCCGGUGUGUCGUGCGCGAGAUGCAGUGAGCGCCCUGCGGAGGAGCACACCAAUGGCCACCGGCGAGACCUCCGACUACCAGGCCGUGCACCAGGCCGCCCUGCUCAAGAGCGGCGGCGACAAGCCCUUCUGGACGGCCACCGCGGCCGCCGCCGCCGCGGUCACGGCGGCCGCCUUCUUUGAAGAGACGCCCGAGGAGGCGGUCAAGAGGCAAGUGGCCGCCUUGAAGCGCAAGUUCCACCAGGGUCGGCACCUGCUUAUCAAGUAUCUGCCCAGGGAUGUCACUGAACAGGAUGUGCGGGAGCUGCUGUCCGAGCUGCCGAUCCAGUCGGUGCAGCUGCAGACGGGGGCUGGCUCGGGGUCAGCGCGCGUCGCCCUCGAGGAGCCCGAGAUGCUGGAGGAGUGGGACCGCGAACGCGUCUUUUGCCUGCGGGGCCAGCGGGUGCCCGUGGCCCCGGCGCCCACAGAGAUGCUGCUCUGCGUCGCCCGCCUCCCGGCCAAGUUCAACGAGCACCAGUUCAACGCCCUCGUGCGCAGCUAUGGAGAGGUCACCAGGAGCUUCCUCAUGAUCAGCGAACGCACGGGCCAGAGCAAAGGCUACGGGUUCGUGGAGUACGCGCUGAAAGAGACUGCCCUGCAGGCCAAGAGCCUCCUGGACGGGAGACACCUGGAAGGCUGCAUCCUGUGCUGUGAUUGGCUCGAGGCCAGCCACGUGACCUUCGAGUCGCUGCACUCCAAGUGCCUCUAUGUUGACAGACUGCCGCCCAACUUCAGGGACAUGGCUGAGUUCAGGAAGACGUUCAGUCCGAUUGUCAACCCACCCUAUUGUCAGAUUGCGUUGCGCAAUGGGUGCCCUCAGGACUGGGGACUCAUCGAGUUCAACGCGGCAGAUGAAGCCGAGCAGACAAUUCAGGCGGUCGACAGUGUCCAGCUACAUGGGCACGCAAUCAGGGUCAGCUACUACAUCCCGGGCGUCAGGGCAAUCAAUCUCUACCUUAAGCUGCUGAAUGAAAAUCAGUCCAACAAAGGAAAGGGCGCGCUUUUGCCUGACCCACCAGCGCCGGCUGUGUUCCAGCAACUCCAAAAUUUGGCCAAACAGAACCCAGUCUUUGCGCAAAACCUGCAGAACAUCAUUCUGAACCAAAUUCAGAACCUGCCCGCCCCAAAAACGGCGGAGGCGACGACCACCUCGGCUUCAAGUCCCCUGGCAGCCCCCACGAGCGCCCUCAAGUGCCCUUCCUCGUCCCCGGUUUCAUCCCCGUCACCGUCAAAGUCAUCCCCAAACGCCAAGCCGCUACAGCCGCCGCAACCAGCUUUAGCACAGCCUAUUCUGUCGCAACAGCAACAACAGCAAACCAACCAAGCCGCUUUGGUUGUGUAUCUGGCAGCACAAAUGCAGACGCAGAUGGGUGCAAGCUCGCCGUCACUGCUGGGUAACCCACAGAUGCUGGCCACCCUGCAGUCGCUGAUCAAGCAGCAAGGACCAAACGCUGCCCAGGCAGCGGCGCAGGCGGCCGUCACGGCGGCUACGCAGCUAGGCCAGGCGGCCAACACGCUGAAGCCAGCUCUUCUGCCCAAGCCGAAGGCGGCCCCCGCGGAGGCGACGCCACCGCCUCCCCCGCCGCUUCCACCUGCGACCAUCAACUGGCCCAUCCUACCGCCAACGCCGACGCUGGUGGCCGUGGCCGCCGACGACGGCGCCCCGUCGCCACUGGACGUGUGGAUCGGCCAAAGCCAUGCGGCCGCGGCCGUGGAGGCGGCCUCUGCGGCCGCCCUGCUGGCUGGUGGCCUCGUACCCGCCUUCCCUGCCGAGUGGGGCCUGCCGCCGUCGCCACCGCCCUGGCCGCCGAUGGCCGCCCUCCGGCCACACUGGCCGCUCGGCUGGGCGGCCCCGCCAAUCCCGGCGGCCGUGGCCCCAGGCGUGGCCAUGACUCCGCUGGGCCAGAAGCGCAAGUACAGCCACAUUCUGCCCAGCCCAGAGCCCAGCCCUGAGGGCAACUACAUCGGCCAGCACUCGCAGGGCCUCGGCGGCCACUACGCCGACUCCUUCUUCAAGCGCAAGAAGAAGAACUGAGACGACAGGGCCACGCCGAAAGUGCAUUUCCCGCCGCCGCAGCCGCAAACAUCGGCCCUUCUGCUUAGUGGCCGCAGAAUUUCAACGCUGGAAUUUUUUCACUCAAUCUUGAGGCCAACGAUUAUUGUAAAGGAGGGAUCAAACUUUUUUGAUAGCAUCAAAUGACGCACACUUAAGAUGGUUGGACCUUUCUUCGGCAUCCCUGCAAGGAUUUUUGUUUUUGAAACUCCAAAUUUUGUUAUUUAUUGUUGGAUUUCAAUCAAUUCACUGAUUGCGGAAGUGGAGCCUCUAACAGAGGGUACUACCGGUUAUUCAAAAUUUUUGAGUACUGUUUUUUUGUGAUUUUAAUUUAAAUCCUGCUAUUCUUCAUUCUUGGCGUAUAUAUAAUUAAUUUGACGUGCUGAAAAUUCAGCUAAGCUUUUCAUUGUGUAAAUCUGGAAAAAUUCUUUCGUUUCCAACACCAUUGGCUUCCGAUUUUGGUUUCAAGCACGUCAAUUGAAAAUUUUUACGCCUAGAACGCACCAACUAACAUGAUUUUAUCCCAAAUCGCAGUGUAAGUACCCAAAAACUAGAAAUGAACGCUGGAACCGCCUGUUUCUGGUCCAGAAGACCAAUAACCUUUUCAAUUGGUGAAUUCAAUUAGAUAAUGGGUGCUGAUUCAGUAUGUGCACAAAAAGGCUAAUCCUUGAAUGUGCGUCAGAGGUUUUUUACAAUAAAUUUUACAUAAUCUCUUUCCUGUUCCAGUCGUUGAAAUUCUUGCUGCAGCUGGAAUAUUUCCGAAACGAUUCGGAAAGGUUCCACCUGCUGAUUCUUAAAAAAAAGGUCUAGAUGAUAGUUUUUUUUGGUUCAAUGGGUGCUGGCCGGUUCUAAACAAAACUAAACAAAUCUGUUGGCUCUUCUUUAGUUUUUUUGUUGUUAAUUUAUGUUCUUCUCUAAAUGGAAAGGAGAGGACAACACGCUCUCAUAUGUUUUGUAUUUUCCUAUUAUUGUGUAGAAAGAAUUGAGGAUCAAGAAUCUCGUCUGAUUGAAACGACACACACUCUCACUCACUCACUCACACACAUCAUUUUGAAAAGUAAUUUUGGAAGACUGCAGUCCACCACACCCUCUCUCUCAUACACUCGAUCACGCAGCCUCUCAUUUUUGUAGCGCGCACUGAAUUCAAUCGAGACGAAAAAUAAGAAAAGCACCAAUGCAGACGUGACUUUGCAGCUGACCAUAAGUACGUGUUUGGAUUGUGUGUGUGUGUGUGUAUGUUUGCGGAAAUGUAUUCUAGCUCUCUGUCUACCUGCUAAACACACACACAGUAUAUUUGUAUAUUUGCUGUUUCUGCUUCUCUAUGGAUAUAUCUCUCUCUGUCUAAUAGCUGUAUGAAAAACAAGAACAUUCGGUGACUUUUUUUUUAUCUUUUUUCGUCUGUCGGUUUUUGACCAUGGAUUUUAAUGCAUCUCAUUGCAUCACGCAAAAACCAUCCAACUGAAUAUUUUACUACUUGAGAAAAGCGGAAAAUUAUAUCAUUAACAGUGUUAGAGGAAAAACGGCGCAUUUUCUGUCUUGUUUUCCUAGCUGACAGGAAUAGGUUGUAAUGUGGUGAUUAGUUUUGUAAGUAUUUAUUAGUUUUGAAGGCAGACACACACAGAGCUCAAUUUCUUUUUCUCCCUUCUUAGACUUUCCCGUGUUCUUUAGCGCCGAGAAUGUGGCGAUUUUAUACAACAAAUAAAUAUUCCUGAACCAAUCAAAUGAAAGGAACACAGCCUCUGAGACGGUGGAUAAUCGAAACAUAUUAUAUAAAAAGAGAGAAAGAGAUCAGAACACACACGAAAGAAAAAAAAUAAAGUAUAUUAUUUAUGAAAACGGAUACGGAAAGUGCACUAUGUCUAAAAUAUCGAUGUUGCCUGCUGAUUGGUGAAAUAACUACACCCUGCUAUGAUAAAAAGUGUUUAUUGUGAUGAACAAAGUUGAUAGAGGUAUAGCAAGAUUAUUAUUUAUGAAAGAAAAUACGCUGCUAUCGUCAGUCUAUUAGUGGAGUAAGUUUUUGUUGAUUUCUCGAAAAGGAAGGAAAAUAUAUAUGAUCAUACUUGUACGGAUAA